UUGGCCUCGGCGAGAAUGUCUCCCAGUUGGCAAGCCAACUGUUUCGCUUCGGAAGCAAAAAGCGUCCCGGCGUUUGCAUCUGCAAUGCCCAGUGCCGGCUGCAAUCGCUGGGCGAGACCCAAGGCAGCCUGGGAGCCACCACCAUUAAGACCCAUCAUGGCAGCCUGGACAGAUUGCUGCAGAAGGGAGAUGGAACUGCAACUAGUGGUGAACGUUCGAUAAGUUGGGUGGUAGAUGGUGGGGCGGCAGGAUCUGGUGCCCUGCUCAACGCCUCCUCCGACGAAAGUGAUGAUAAGAAAAAGAAAUUAGAUGAGAGUAACCAAUUGCCGCCCCCGCCACGCCCACCUUCGCGGUCACAUGCCAAGCCUACGGCCAAAGAGGAAUUCGAUCGAGGCGUUGAGGUGGAGAAGUUCUAUCACCAGAUCAACGGCGAUAUCUUCGAAAUCACAAGGAGGGUGCGAGCUCGCGAUGAGGAGACCAUGGAACAGAAGUGCAUUAGGCGGAAGGGUUCCGUCAGACUGACAGAACCCACUGGCCAUGCCCAUGUCCGGAUCGAGCAGAGGCCUCAGUUGCCACCAAGACGGCAGAAAAGUGCCGAGGAAGUGGCCACCAUGCCAAAGAGUGCUCUGCGUCAGCCAUCCGAGCAAUUGGAAUGGUUCGAUCGUCGUGCCCAGCAGCGUCACUCCGCCCGAUCCGCUGAAGGUGGUCAGGUGCGCGAGGAGACCAUGGAAUGGUUGAAGCUUCAGAAAACUGCCAGUCCCAUCCAGCCAGUGCGCACCUCUUCGGGUCCCAGUGAGAUAACAGUCCUGAAAGACGAACUGCCGGACUGGCUACUGGAUCAUCUGCCACGAAAGAAGGAGAGGGAACGAGAUCGAUUGCCUUCGGAUGCUGAUAAGGCAGUGGGUUCUGCCUAUGCCAAAGCUCUCUCGGAGCUGCUCAAGAAACCACUUUCCCGACAGAGUUCCGGACCUUGUGAGUUCUCUUUGCUGAAAACAGACAUUGUGGAAUGGCUCACCAAGAUGCAGGGCAGCAGUGGAACGGAGAGAGGCAAGUCCCGUCGAUCGCAUCACCGCCGAAACGGCAGUGGGGGCGAUGCUCAACCCCGUUCCAAUUCCCAAGAAGAUGCCCAGGAUCAGUCGAAGACCAGCCAUCGAAAGAGACACUCGCUGGGUCACAGUGGAGCAGUCAGUGAAGAGGAGCAGCAACAGAUCACUGCCGAUUGGAUAGCCUAUCCUCUGCACAAGCUGCAGUCCCUGGGCAAACAGCCACCGCCAAGUCAAGCGCCGGAAAGGGUGACCAUUCCCAGUGGCUAUGCGGUGCCCAGUGCCCUUUCACACACUCCCCUAUGCCAACGGAGGGAGGAGCGUUCCCGGGAACGAAGACUGCGUCACUCGGCCAGCGAGGUGGUGGGGAGCGGUGGAGGAGCUACGACCUCCACUCCAAGCACUGCCCACCUGGAACGAUUGUAUGCCAAGCCACACAAAGAACGCUAUCAAUAUGUACCGAAAGCCAAGGAAUCGGGAGGCAGGAAAGAGCGUUCACGCCGCCAUCAGACCCAAAGAUCCGCCACGGUCUCCGACAUGUCCGCCCAGCGUUCCGGUGGCCACAAGCGCAAGUCCUCGAGUGCGGAGCGAGCACCAAGGUCACCAUCCCCAGGACCCUGUACGGAUCCCGAUUGUCCACUACUGCCUAUCUGUACGGAUCCACAUUGCAGAUACCAAGAAUGCCAGGCGAGGCAGUGCAUCACCUCGUCGGUCAGUUCGGUGAAUCUGGCCAGGCAUCAACAGUUGGCCCAGGUGCAACUCCAUGCUGUGCCAGCUCAUCUGGUUGGAGCCAUUGGUUCCGAUGUGCCAACAACACCUUCCACAACCGCAACGCCUCCACCUCCAACAGGUGGAGGGAUCUUAGGAUCAGCUGGAGUGGGAACUGCCGGAACAGGAGGAGGAGGUGGUGGAAUCCCGGUAACCGAACGCCGCCUGGUCAUCUGCCACGAUUGCCGAUCCUGUGCCCCGCUCCUCAGCUGCCGGAAUCGCAAAUGCCUCAAUGCCGCCAAGUGCAACUCACUGCCUCGCUGUGCCGCCGACUUUAAUCGCCUGCGCACCCAGCUGGCCCAGCCGCCCACCACAUUGGAUGACAUUGAGCCGGCGCCGCUGGAUGACCUGGAGAUGCAGCCACUGCCCUCGCCACCGCAUCAGCAUCCGCACCAUCACUAUCGCAGCAAUUCCCAGCCAAAUACGCUCCAACGUGGAGAUUCCGCCAGUUCCGCAGGAGGAGGAGGCUUAGCAGGAGCGGGAUCAGGUGGAUUGGGAGGACCAGGAUCUGGACUGGCUUGGCUGGAGCCCACAACCACGCUAGUGCAACCACUGCCCGCCUAUGUGCACCAUUCAAAUGGCAAGCUAAUGAAGUCCGCCUCAGCUGCCUCUCUAAAUUCCCGAAGACGACGCCAUAAAACAGUGCACUUUGGAGAGAAUCUCCUGCGGGAGGUUUGCCAGAAUAGGAAACUCAUCAAAACUGAGGCCCAAGUGCCAUCCGGUUCGGCGCCCAUGAAGGCCAACAUCCAGAUGCUGUACAACUUCGUGGAGGGUGUGUUGAGUGCCUGGGUGGAUGACGAUGAGGAUCAGGUGCGUUCUGGUGCUGAAUCGGAACCAGAGCAUGGAGUGGUACCCAUGCAACCGAUCCAUAGAUGCAACCGAUUGCGUUACCAGUGCAUCCGUCGGGUCGUCGAGGAGGCAGCCGAUCUCCAGGGCACCCUCAAGUUGGGCAACUCCCGCUAUCGCCAUCGCCAUUGGCGCAGCACCGCCAAGCAGUGCAACGAAAUGUUCCUUCGCAAGAUUUCGGACGAUGAUCGAAUGAGCCUAACUACCGCCGUUUCGGAUGAAGAUGAUGGGGAAAGUGUCAUGGCGUCACCAUACAAAGCAAAGGCCACUGGCACCGCUGCAUCUUCCUUCAAUUGCACGGGAGCUGUUCGCAAAGCCGGCUUCCUUUCGGUAAAAAAAUGGUUACUACGCAAGAAGCACCAGAUCGAGCUGGCAAGAAAGCGGGGCUGGAAGGGCUACUGGGUGUGCCUGAAGGGCACAACGCUGCUCUUCUAUCCGUGCGAUUCCCGGGAGGGCAGGAGCGUGGAGGCGGCGCCCAAGCACUUGAUUAUCGUGGAUGGUGCAAUUAUGCAACCGAUACCCGAGCAUCCCAAACGCGACUAUAUCUUCUGUCUGAGCACGGCGUUCGGCGAUGCCUAUCUCUUCCAGGCGCCCUGUCAGGUGGAGCUGGAGAACUGGGUGAAUAGCAUUCAUAGCGCCUGUGCCGCCGCCUUCGCCAGGCAUCGCGGAAAAACUGGAACCCUACACCUCCUUCAGGAGGAGAUCUUCCGGCUGGAGAAGGCCAUUGAAUCGGAUCACAAGCUGAAGCACAUGGCCGAACUGCAGCAAUCAGUUGUCACCGAUCAGGAGACGCGUCAUCAGAUCCAGACUCAGAUACUGCAGUGGGAGGAGAACCUGGAGCGGCUCCAUUGUGAGCAGUUCCGUCUGCGUUGCUACAUGGCCUCGCUGCAAAGUGGCGAGCUGCCCAAUCCGAAGUCGCUGCUCACUCACGUGUCGCGUCCCACGAAGAACACGCUUAACAAACUGGGCGUGUUCACGGUCUCCUCGUUCCACGCCUUCAUCUGCGCCCGGUCGCCGUCGCUGCUCAACAACCUGCUAGCUGGUCGCGGGGCUACCAAACGGCGACCGCCAAUGCUGUCGCGGUCCAACAGCGGCUCCAGUCGUCGCUCCAUGCAGAUGAAUUCACGUGACGAACCGGAAAAAACUUUCAAAGUUGCAAUGCCCGACAAUGCUUACUCGACAGUUUAUCUACGUGAUGCGAUGUCUGUGGAGGAAUUCCUCGCCAGCGCCUGCGCCCGUCGCAACCUCAAUCCCAUGGAGCACUUUGUGCGCGUCAAGAAGCGACGUGACAUGGAGGAUCACAAUUACUUUGUGCCGCAUCGCAACGAUCUGAUUGAAAAUUAUCUACAUAAUCAUGAGUUUGUGGAGGUCUGCAUGAAGAUCCUGUACCAGGUGGAGCUGCAUCGCACCACUCUCGAGCAGAUGUGGGGCUUCUCUGUGGAAGCGGAGCUGAUCGAGAACGCUGAACGCCAGGACGAGCUAUGCUGCUAUGUGAGCCGCGUGGAAGACAAGAGUGUGGCCAUGCACAAUGGCAUUAUCAAAGGAGACGAAAUAAUGGUCAUCAAUGGUGCAAUUGUGUCCGAUCUAGAUAUGAUGUACUUGGAGAGCGUCCUGCAGGAGGAACAAUCGCUCAGCAUGAUGAUGCGGUCUUCGCGCACAGAGCCACCAGAUCUAGUGGGGAUCAUGAGGGUAACGGACGAUAUGAUUGACUCGCUCGUUUGCCCGCCGCCACCCACAGAUCCGCCAGUGAUGAGCGAGGAGAUGAUAACUGGACUGAUUGUUCCGGCCCCCGGUUGGAAUGGCACUAGCAAGGAUUUGUACUCGCCGGAGGCGGAAAGCUCACCGGCCACCUCCUUUGUGGAUCCCGCUGCCAUGGCCGCCCAGCUGGCUGUGGGCGGUGGAGGCGUGGUCGUGGGCGGACUGGGCGUGACCAAGCCAACAUCGCGUACGAGCAGCUUUGAGAUUGAGAAUCUGCUAAAGACCGCGGAGCAAGUUACCGGAUUUUGUCGUUCACCCCAGGAAACACGCAAAUCGAGCCCAACUGGCUCGGUCACCUCGUCGGUGUCGACCACGGCAUUAACCCCAUCGCGCCAACUGACCGAUGCGGAGAAGCUGCGCAAAGUCGUCAUGGAGCUGGUGGAUACGGAACGCACCUAUGUGAAGCACCUGAACAAUCUGCUGGAGCACUAUCUGGAGCCCAUGAAACGCGAGACAUUCCUCUCCAAUGCCGAGAUCAACGCUCUAUUUGGCAACAUCCACGAGAUCGUCACAUUCCAGCGACAGUUCCUGCAGAAUCUGGAAGAGUCCUUGGAUCUGGAGCCAGAGUUUAACAAGUUCGAGCACUGUGGCCAGUUUAGGAAUGUUCUCUUUGCAAUUGGCUCGGCCUUCUUGUAUUACGUCAACCACUUCAAGCUGUAUUCCUCGUUCUGUGCCAGUCACAGCAAGGCCCAGAAAGUCCUGCAUCCAAACGAGGGCAAUCACGCCCUGCAAGAGUUCCUGGCCGCCCGGAAUCCCAAGCAGCAGCACAGCAGCACCCUGGAAUCGUAUCUGAUCAAGCCCAUUCAGCGUAUCCUUAAAUAUCCUUUGCUCCUGCAGCAAAUGCGCAACCUUACAGACACCCGGGCCGAUGAGCAUGUGCAUCUUUGCGAGGCACUUAAGGGCAUGGAAAAGGUAGCCGAGCACAUCAAUGAGAUGCAGCGCAUCCAUGAAGAGUACGGGGCCAUCUUUGAUCACCUGUUCCGGCAGCAUCAAAAGUCGUGCAAACAGCCCAUUGAUCUAAGUCCAGGAGAUCUCCUGUACUAUGGCGGAGUGGAAUGGCUUAACAUUUCGGACUUUCUGGGCAAGAUCAAGAAGGGACUAGAGCUACAUGCCAUGUGCUUUGUGUUCAAGUCGGCAGUAGUGUUCCUCUGCAAGGAGCGGCUGCGUCAAAAGAAGAAGUUAAUGGGCGUAUCCAGCAAGAAUGCCACCAAUGAGGUGGAGAUCAUUCGCUACCAGGUGCUUAUACCCGUAACCGAGGUGCAAGUGCGCGCCAGUUCGGCCAAGGAUAUGGACUCGCACUUCCUGUGGGAGCUCAUCCAUUUGCGUUCCCAAUUGCAACGUCGCUCCGAGAAGGUCUAUGUGCUGUCCAACAGCACCGCAGACUUCCGCAAUGCCUUCCUGAAGACCAUUCGUCAGAUCAUUCGGGAGAGCGUCCGGAACAUGUCAAUUCCGAUGAAGAACUUUGGCGGCAGCUCCGGCUCCGUCUCUGGACACUCUUCGCAGGGCAUGGGCAGCAUGGGUUAUGCGGGUAAUUCUCAGACGCUGGAACGUCCCAAGCAGCAGAUCACUAUUGUUCAUGGCUCUCACACCCUGGGCAAACCAAAGAAGAAGUCUGGAUCCCAGCGCCACUCGGCUGGUAACAUUGACUACGACAAUUUGUCAGGCAGCCAGGAAGCGGACGACCUGCCCCCAAGUGUGGGCGUUGUCCACUAUGCCUCUGGCCACACUCACGGCCAGCAGAUGCAACCAACUGGCUUCCGUGGACGCAGCAAGACAGUGGGCGAUGUUACAGAAAUCACGUGCUCUUCCCCAGAUCCCAAUCAGCAGCAGCAUCAGCAGUUACAGCAACAACAGCAACAGCAGAUGCAGCAAGGACAUGCCCAUGCCCACCCACAUCCUCAUCCGCAUCCCAGGGAGCCACCGCCACCACCCAUUCGGCAGCCACAUCUGCAUCACCAUAGCUCGGACAUCGAAAGGAUCGAUCCUGGAACGAAAUCGGAGGGCGAGGAGGACUCGCAGCAGGGCACAAUCAGGCCCAAGGCCACACUGGGUCGGACGCCCAAUCACCUGACGCUGAGCACCACAUCGACGCUAUCGGUGGGCAGCACCGGCAGCCAGGCGCGCCUCAUACAAUCGUCGCAUCCGCCGGCCAGUUACCAGCCGGUGCUGAUGAAGGACCUAGGUAAGCCCAGCCCGGAUGAAUCGGAGCUCGAGUCGGAGUCAGAGGCGCAUGCCAUCCAGAUGGCGACCUCUUUUAACUUAAGUUUAGGCAGUAGUGGUAGCUUGUUUGCCUCCGAUCCCCGAGAGACCCAAUCCCAUACCCUACAUCCCUCUCCCCGUCAGUCGCCGCGUCAAUCGCCGCGUCAAUCCCCCAAGCAGGAUAUCGAAGUGAUCGAGAUCUUCGAGAGCGAGGCGGAACGACUGGCCGCCUCACAGCAGGUGGCCGUCGUCCACCAGCAUCCGUCGGGCCAGGCCAGGGAAUCCGGGCAUAAGCAGCGACGUGACCGUGACCGUAUCCCAACCGAAACGGACGCCACAGCUCGUUUUAUGGACAAGCAUUUGAGUGAUCUCGAGCAGGAGAACCUAGCCGAUGGCACCUGUGACAUAGUGGCCUACAUGGAGAGUCUGCGCGAGAAGGCCUUUGAUCCGCAGGAUAUGACCGAAGAUCCUGGAGAUCAGCAGCAGAAUGACUCCAGUCUCUCGCCGGAACCACAAACUAUAGUUGAGAAUACCCAACAAACAGUGGUGGUGGACAUUGAAUCACCCUCUAGGCCAGCCACAGAAUCAGAUAGCACUGGCACCACUACGGGUCCUUCUGAGAGGUCAGGUGAUGAAACAGAGGAAGAAGCCACCACCAGUUCGCUGGCCUCGCACAUCGUGGUCAUUGACAAAAAGGUGGACAAGAUCUUUAAGGCCAAGUCACCGGAACGACCUGCUUCCACCAAGGCAAAGGGUGGCAGGCGGCAGAUAUAUAUCUCCCCAGAUCGCUGCAAGUCACAGGGUAGCUCUCCAGUGAGAAUUAUUAAGAUUAAGUCCCCUAGGACUAGUUUGAGUGAUCAAGGCAAGCGAUUAAGUGUGUGCUCCUCAAGGGAUAAUUCACAAGACCGCCUUUCUGGUGGUCGCAGGACACCCAGUCCACGUCGCUCCUCUGAAGGUGGUGGCAUAUUGAAGCAUACCAGUGGACCGGCUCCUGGCAUCCUAAAGCCGCCUUCCAGUCCAUCCAAGUCAAAGAGUCCUGAUAGAAGCUGUCUAAAGAAAGGCGGACCAUCACAUGUGUGUAGUGUGGAGACUCUUUCGCCCAGGGUUUCUCCCAGAGGCAGUAUGGAUCAUUUGUCUCCAGACAGGGGAAUGACAGGUAGCUCCUGUCUUCGCCACUCACCACGCAGCAGCUUUGAUAGUCACGGUGAAUCUGAUCAUAACUUGGAUGUGCCACAUGGCAGUCGUAAGCGGAGCAUGUCCGCCCAUGGAAGCUUUGAAACCGGCACUCGACCAAGGCCCCAGGAAACCUAUCAGUAUUAUCCGGUGUAUGACAACCAGACUUGCAGUGAUCACUAUGUGGCUGCUGCUCCAACAGGACGUUAUGGUGGAGGUUCAAGCAGUAGGAACAGGCUAAGCAAAUCCCUGGAGCGCUCAACUUCCAGGGAUAGUACUACCACUAGUAGCUCCUACGGACAUAGGACUUAUGGGGUUUCCCCAGAACGCAAUUAUGUGGUCUACAGCUCGGGACCCCUGCGAUCCCAGUCCGCUGAGAAUACCUUCUCAUCGCAACCCAUAUACGAUCCUCUGCCACGACAUCCACCACAACCACUGCAUCAGCCACCGAUGCACCACCAACAGCAACAGCAGCAGCAUCAACAUCAAUAUAUGAACUAUGCCCCUGAUAUGGGAGGAUAUACUGGCUGCCAGCAUGAUCCGCAGGGUGGCUAUCAACUGAGCUCCUCGGCACCGGAGUACACCACAUGCAUCGACUGUCUGUAUCAGAAGAGACCCUCCUAGCAUAAGUCCCGCGUGCGGCAAAGUCGCACGCGGAAGAAGACGCAACGUGGAAUGGUGGUGGUCAGUGCCCAGCCCACGGCCACUGGGGGAAUAGGAUUUGUGCCCGAGAUGGGCUCCUCCGAGGCACCCGGCGGUUGUGUUGACUGUCACGACUACUUCGAGAUCCAUGUUUAAUGGAAUACUCCAUCAAAAAGGAACUUCCAACUAAAGGACCUCCACUAAAGACCUCCACUAUUUUGAAACCAAAGAUAACAGCCGAACAACCCAAAAUGCCUCAACAAAACUAAUUUUAACCGAACUCAGCUCAGAUAUACGUAAAGAACUCACAAUAUGCAAACUAUAAUGAAAGUAAUCAAAACCGAACACGAACUUCCAACACAAGGGAUUGAAAUCAAAAAGACCUAGCCUAUAUACAAUCUACUACUACUACUACUACUACUUCAACAAAGAAACUCACAAGGAUAAGUAAGAAAGCAAGGCACUCUUUAUAAAAAUAGAAGAACUAGCAGAAAUGUUACCAUACCCCAAUACAUACAUACAUACUCGUACCAAAAAACCAUAUAAGUGUUAGCCGUAAGUCACCGAACCUGAGCGUAGUUAGCUCUUUUAGCGCAGCAUAUGUAGUUCAUACCGAAAACUAAUCAAAGAAUGGGGGUUACUAAUCCCGGGUGGGAAAGGUUGCAUAAUGGGUGUGUGGCUGUGUGCCACCCCAUCGUUUUCCAGUUAAUUAUUUAAGUUGCAACCGAGUUGAGCGCGAACAUUUCGCCGUGAUUUACACACUCAGACACAAACACAUACUCGCUCACACCCACACCCACACCCACACACAUUAACAAACAAAAUGGCGGAAGUUCCGUUCGCCUCGGGUGGCAAGUAGAAAUAUUACGUAUACGCCGCGUUGCACACACAAUACUCAAGUGCCGUAAUUACGAGGGCAAACAACAGAAAAGAGCAGCAAAAGUAGCUGCAGCAUCAGCAGCAACAGCAACUAAAACUAAAGUUGAAAUUCAUACUCGCACUCAAGUAAACUACGUACUAAGAGACAGGCAGACAAACAAAUGGCAAACUCAACUUGAAACAUAGAUGGGAAAAAUAAGACAGCCAGAAGCAGAUAAUAAAAAAAACACACACACAGAAGAAAGAAAACUAUAUGCACUUCAAACACAAACACACACAUGCAGAUAGGUAAAAAGUUCGGGAAAAGUCGCUAACUAACUAUUAGCAGAGGGCGGUAAAGCCAGGAAAAGCGGCAAAGUGGAAACUAUGCCAUUUCCGCAAAUGAAAUCAAAAAUUUUUAAUUACCCAUCUGUCGAAAUGAAUCUGCAACUGAGCUGGGCUUUUGGGUCGAGCGCCAAUAUUCCAGGGGUUAACAUAACAUAUACCUAACAAGAGUAUACCUAUCGAUAUGGGGAUUAUUUACAUAAAGGACAAAAAGAAAACUAGCGAAAAAAAAAAACAAAGAAAAGAAGGAAAAACAAACAUUAGUUAGUUAGAAAAUUUUGCCAAUUUGCACGUUUGUGCUAACGGGCAUCAGUGUGUGUACCAAUAAUGUUGUGACAAAUAAUUUGCAUAUAUUGCAUAUGGUUUUUUGUAUGAUUUUUAUAGGUUUUUUAUAGAUAUAAACAAAUAUACAUGCAUAAAAUAUACAACAAGUCGAUGGGCAAAUCAAAUGAAACAUUUUCCGCAUGGGUUUUCCAAACUUUUCCGUUUCACAUUCCAAUUAAAUCAGCGUAACACGAAAUACAAUAAAACGAAUACAAAUCAAAAAGAGAAAUGGCGAUGUAUUCAGAGAAUGAUAAUCGUAAGUCGUACCUCAAUGUUCAGUAAUGGGUAAUCAUUAUAUUAUAUAAAUAUGUGUUAAGUGUAGCUACGCGUAUAUAACCAUCCUACUCCUCCUCAUCUUUUCGGGUCGAAGGUCGGGAAUUUCCAUUCGAUUCUCUGGCCCCAAGCCGCAAAAACGCUCGACUAAAUCAAAAUAUAUAUAGAAAAUGAUUAAGGUCAAACAAAUUUCAGGUUGUUGUAACGAGAAUUCAAAGCAGUAUAAAAAGAAAAUAAGACAAAGGAAAACAUAGUCAAAAUAAAUAAGUUUAAGCUUCAAGAACGUUUACAGUUUACAGUUUACACUGGGCUUCACAGCAGCAAAAUCAAAACAAGAUAAGAAAACAAACAUUCUCAAAAAUCAAAAUAUACAUCGUAAAUACGGCAUAUAUAUAUAUAUAUAUAUAUACAGCAGCAACAGCAGCAUAUAUACAACAUAAAUGUUACACUGAAAACAAAAUCUCAAAAAAAUAUACGAACAUAAAGGCAAACUAAAUAGAGAUAAGCGGAGGCCGCAGACGGCGAACGAAAACAAAUAUCAAAUUUAAACGGUAAUUCUUGUGUGUGUGCACACACCCACAACCAAACACACACAUACAAACACUGAAAUCCACUAAACAAAUAACCGAAAAAUCAACAAACUAACUGCAAACUUCAAAAUCAAAAGCGUAAAAAUCGAAAACUAAAGCGAGCACACACAAUAACUAAUAAUGGAAACUCCGAACUAAAUGCGAAAAACUAAAACUGAAAACUAAUCUAAAGCAAUUGAAAUGCAAUUAACCAAAUGGCAAACGAGAUAAAAGUAAACACAUAAAGUAUACAAACAGUUAAAUAUCAAAGGACAGCGACAAGAAUGGGAAACUAAUAAACCGAAUAAAUAUAUUUAUAAAGUUUAUGCACCGAUUUCCUGGCCCAUCCCCAAAUCUCUCGAAACAUCAAACACAACUCCCCUGAAAACCCCCCUCGAUUAGUUAUGCAUUUAAAUUUGUUUGGUAGUUGCUUAGCAGGUAAGUGCAAUAUUCAUUUGUAAUUAGGCAAACGGAGCUUGUUGUCGGUGAUGAGUACUUGAAUUGAAUUAGUAAUUAAACAAUUUAACGGGUGAUAUUUCAUUUUGUCUAAACACACUAACACACACACACACGAUUAUCUCAAAGAUAACUAAAAUCCCAAAACUCGAAUAAUGUUGAAUUCAGUUAGCUAUAUAUAUAGUCGUAAGUCUUAAAUCGAAGUCGGAGUCGGAGACGGACUCGGAGCUAUAUUAGGCAUGUUAAGUUUCUAGGUAUUUUUUCCCGCCCAUUCGAUGCAUUUGUGUGUAUCUUCUUAUAUAGCGUAUAUCUGUGUAUCUGUUGUGUCUGUUACAAACACUUGAUAUUAUUAGUUGGCAUCGCUUGAUUAACAAACUAACAACUAACUAACUAAAGAACAACCGAAAUUCAAAUCAAUAUCGAUGAACUUUGCAAGUUUUCCCUUUCAAUUUUGAACGUUUUGCAUUUUCUCAAUCAAAAUAUCACGAAAAAAAAAAAUAUGACGGAGUGUGCCGAAGAUCUAAGCCAUAAAUCUUGUACUAGACAGCAAUGCUAAUGCCAAGUCCAUUAUAAUCGAUAAUAUAUAUAUAUAUAUUUAUCUAACUAUAUAUGUCUUAUGGUUACACACACGUGCCCCACAAUUCCACUUCUCCUCCUCACCACCACCACCAACUCCAGUAUCCAGAAACCAGAAUUUAUUCGGCAUUUUUUCACUUCAAUUAUUUACCAGAAAUUUAAUUUUCUGUUUUCCGUACAACUUUUUCGUGUGCCAAAAACUAAAAACUGAAAAACUGAAAAACUGAAAUAAAAUUAAAACUGAAUUGACUUUUAUGAAACUCUCAUCUAUGCACAACUUUAUCCAUCGUUUUUUGAAUCACGCUCUUUGACUUUUGCAUCUGGAAAACUAAUUUCGAAAUUAGCAAGUGGGUUAACUGAAAUGCGAAACAAUUUCAAUUUCAAUUUCACCACUCACUCGACCACAAUUUUCGAAAUUAUAAACACCCCAAUUUCCAUCCCAUAUAUAUAUAUAUGUAUGUACAUAAAUUUCUCUCUUUCAUUUUUUCUAUAAUUGGAAUUGGAGCCCUUUUUAUCAAGAAAAAAAAAAACACACACAUACACGAAAAAAAAACAGAAGAGGCAGAACGGAAAAUGUUGGCAUAAAAUGCAAAACCUUUGAUCAGAAAUUCGAAAAUUUGCCAAGGCUAAAGCUAACUAAACUAUUUGUUAAAUAGAAAAUGAAUAAAUGAACCAAGCGAUGUCAACAUUUUAGCCAACACAACUCUCUAACCAAAUCUACCCUAAUCACCAAUAUUAGUUGUUGAAUUAGCUGUUAAUCACUCCCACUAUCCCGUCCCAGUUUUCCCCCCCAAACUAUAUCAAGUAGCCGACCCAGCUUGAAGUAGUGCUCAUUACAUUAAACAAUAAUUAGUUUUGCUUAUAUUUUUUAACCAACAAAAAGUGUCCAAAGUGCAUGGGCGCUUUGGGCACUUUGCUUGCAUGCUAUUUUUUAACUUAACGAAUCCGAAUUGGCCACAAAUUACUUAUGAAAAUCUGUUCCAACACAAUUGUAUAUAACCAAAUGGAGAUGCUACCCUCCGUUCGGUCCCCACUUGCUCUUUCUAACUCUUUCGCUCUCUAAAAUCUAUAUUUAAAAAAAGAAAACUGAAAACGAAAAACUACAAAUUAAGUUCUGCAAAAACCGAAACGAAAAUAUUUCAUAUUUUUUCAUAUAUGGUUUCCAUUGUAUCUUUUCUUUUCUUUCAUUUAAUUGUAGGGUCCCCGGUGUGGAAACCACGAGACAUGAUAAAUUUAGGCACAGAUCCACAGUCAACAACCCGCAAAGACGAUGUGAAAAAUUAAAUCA